CAAACGAACACCAAAACGAGUUAGCAGAGAAAGACGCGGAAAUAAAGAGCAAAAACAACAAAAUUAAAGAAUUAGAAAAUCAAGUUACUAAUUUGAACCAAAAAUUACCAACUAUUCAACAAGAGAAACAAAAUAAUUUAGACUUAUUUUGCGAAAUCUCAACUAGAAGAAAUUUUUCUUCCGUAAUAAUUAAACAGUUGUCGGUAGAAGAAAAAACCGCAAUUAGUCAAUGA